AUGGCUCAACAUCCAGAGUUCCGGAGCUCGUUGCAUCCUCCCUUGGAUUUAUCCCACCACUUUUCGCAAACUACCAAGAAUAGACAGAGUAGCAACGUGAAGGGGCUAUAUAAAUGGUUUCAAAUCCCUGGAAUGCAGAAUGUGGCCGGUGGCCUGCCGCACGAAUCCUACUUUCCCUAUGAUACUCUUGAAGCAGCGGCAGCACGGCCAUCUCGAUUCGACCUACCGGACUCAUCAAAAGGGAAAAACAACAAGCCGGCAGAAUGGCAUGUAACAGUACCCAAGAUCCAGGAUACCACCGAUAUCCUCAAAAAGAUUGAUCUAUCAACUGCUCUUCAAUAUGGUACCGCUGAAGGUUAUCCACCUUUGGCCGCGUUUAUUCGCAAACUUACUCGCGAUCACCUUCAUCCCAACAUCCCCUACGCUGAAGGACCGGAGAUUAUCAUGUCAUGUGGCAACACCGAUGGAUUUGGAAAGGUCAUCGAGGCUCUUACUAAUCCCUGGAACAAGACAAGGGAUUGGAUUCGAGACAAAGAGGGUGUUCUCUUUGAGGAGUUUGCCUAUAUGAAUGCUGUGCAGACAGUUCAGCCCCGUGGUCUUAAUAUCGUUACAGUUGCUGUGGACGCUGAUGGAAUGAAGGCUUCUGGACCAGGCGGUUUGGCCGAUGUGCUUGAAAAUUGGGACUUUAGCCAGGGAAGAUGUCCGCAUCUGAUGUACACUGUGACCCUCGGCCAGAAUCCUACCGGUAGCACAACCUCCAUUGAGCGUCGCAAGGAAAUCUAUGCCUUGUGUCAGAAAUACGACAUUAUCAUAAUCGAGGAUGAACCCUACUGGAAUCUUCAAUUCCCCUCGUCAAGGAAACAUGCCGCCAAAUAUCGCGGGGAUGCUGUACAGGCAGAUUUGUUCAACCGAAACUACAAUGCACACGGUCGAUCUUCCGGCUACGAAUUCCUGGACAGCCUCGUGCCAUCCUUUUUGUCAAUUGAUGUGGAUGGCCGUGUCGUACGUUUAGAUACAUUCUCCAAGACCAUCGCACCCGGUUGUCGUCUAGGCUGGGUUACCGCCCAGCCAGCUAUUAUUGAACGUAUAGCGCGCAUCACCGAGACCUCAACCCAGCAACCUUCGGGCUUUGUCCAAGUCAUGGUCGCACAGUUGCUACUGCAACAACAAAGCUCACCCGCAGCACGCAAAGCGACUGAUAAAGAUAACCUAGGCUGGACAUUGGACGGAUGGAUCCAAUGGCUCGAAGGACUACGAGAUGCCUACGAGCGUCGCGUACACGACAUGUGCAGUACCUUAGAAGAAGGUCGAACUGUCGCCAUUGACAAACCUGCCCCUGCCGCCAAGCACAGACGUGCCCCCAGUAACGGCGGUCUCGAUAGCUGGUCCGUCGUCAGCAAAGUACCCAUGUACGACUUCAACUGGCCCCUUGCUGGAAUGUUCAUUUGGAUCAAAAUCCGCUACGACACGCAUCCUUUACUCGAAAUAUAUGGCGCUGAAAAAGUUUGCAAGGCUCUAUGGCUCUUCCUACUUGAAAAACCUUUCUUAGUCCUUUGCGCUCCUGGUACAAUGUUCGCGCCUACUGAAGCCAUACGUGGUCGCGCAUCUAAGUAUUUGCGUCUUUGCUUUGCCCCCAUGGCUGAAGAUGCGGUUACGGACAUUUCGCAGCAUUUCGUGGCGGGAUGUAGAGCGUUUUGGCAGUUGGAGAAUUUUGAUGAUAUUCCUGGUUUGGAUGAUCCUAUCAUGCCUGAAAUGAUGGGUAUGCAGAUGUGUUAAAUACUUUUUCUUCUAAUGAUUUUACGACUUGAGUUCUGGGUUUGAUACGUACAGUUCGCCGUUUUCGCCUAUAUAUAAGAGCUAUUUAGUGCUUUACUUAGAUUGUAAAAAUUGGUUUUUGAAUAUAGGAUCUGAUGGCUAUUAUU